UUUUUACUGUUUUUGGCUGCUUUUCCCCCAUUUCCAGCGCUGUUUAACCUGAUCCCGGUUGGGCUCUGUGUCGUCGCCAUUGGGGGUUACUGGGAUGAACUGGGAUGAACUGGCUACUGGUUUACAUUGGUCCAUACUGGUUUAUAUCGGUUUAUAGUGGUUUUUAACUGUUUUUGGCUGUUUUUCCCCCAUUUCCAGCGCUGUUUAACCUGAUCCCGGUCGGGGCUCUGUGUCGUCGCCAUUGGGGGUUACUGGGAUGAACUGGGAUGAACUGGGGGUUGCUGUCAGUGGUUACUGGUUUAUAUCGGUUUAUAGUGGUUUUUAACUGUUUUUUACUGUUUUCGGCUGUUUUUCCCCCAUUUCCAGCGCUGUUUAACCUGAUCCCGGUCGGGCUCCGCGUCGUCGCCAUCCAGGGCACGCGCGCCGGGCGUUACGUGGCCAUGAACGGGGCCGGCGUCGUCUACACCUCCGUGCACUUCACGCCCGAGUGCCGCUUCAAGGAGUGCGUGUUCGAGAACUACCACGUGCUCUACGCCUCGGCGCUGUACCGGCAGCGCCGCUCGGGCCGCGCCUGGUACCUGGGGCUGGACCGGCACGGGCGGCCCAUGGCCGGGCCCCGGGUCAGGAAGGACAAGGCGGCCGCGCAUUUCCUGCCACAGCUGCUCGAGGUGGCGCUGUACCGGGAGCCGUCCCUGCACGAGGUCGAGGAGCCCCCGGGGACCCCUCCCCCACCGGAGACCCCGCCCCCUCCGCCCGGGACCCCGCCCCCUCCGCCCGGUGACCUCUGACCUCUGGGAGCCGUGACCUCGGCGACCUCUGUGACCUCUGACCUCGGAGCCCGAACGGACGCCUGCACUGAGACCCCCGGGGGGGGCGAAAAUGGCAAAAAAACCCGAAACAAACCCAAAAAUCUGCAAAGGAAAUCCCGAAAAUUCACUGAGAAAACGCCAAAAAUCCCGGGAAAAAAUUUAAGAAAUUCUGCUGGAAAAAUUAAAAUAAUGCAGGAAACCCAAGUAAUCCAUGGAAAAAUAACAAAAAUUCCUCUGGAAAAAUCACAAAAAUUCAUGAAGAAAAUGCCAAAAAUCUCUGGAAAAAAAAAAGGAAAGAAUCUCUCCAGAAAACACCCCAAGAAUUUACGGAGAAAAUCCAAAAAAAUCCUUGGAAAAAAACCGAAAAAAUUCCAUAUUGAAAAAAAACCAAAAAUCCAGGAAGAAAAUCCCAAAAAUCCAUGGGAAAAAAAAAGGAAAAAAAAUCUCUCUGGAAGAAAACCAAAAAUCCAUGAAGAAAAUCCCAAAAAUCCAUGGGAAAAAAAAGCCAAAAAUCCCUCCUGAAAAAUAAAAAAUAUCCACGAAAAAAACUCCAAAAAUCACAAAGAAAAAACCCAAAAAAUCUCUGAAGAAAAUCUCAGAAAUCAGAGAAAACCCCCCCUCCGAAAUCGCUGGAAAACCCCCGAAACAGACCCUCAAAAACACCUGAAGAA